AUGUGGAAAAAGGGCAGCCCUUCAGCAACGACUAUCGUGCAGCAGCGGCAAGAGGAGCAAAGUGCCCGCAAUGAGCUGUUCGCCGGCAAAGAUGAGAUUCACAUCGACACGACGCAGAUCCCCCUCGCGGACCAGACUGUGGGACAGCUCGUGGACACAGCCGUGAGAACACACAAGGACACGACGGCAGCAACGCAGAGGGCUUUAAGGGCAAUUGAAGAGUCCAAGCAGAUUCAGUCCGAGACACUGAAGCAGCUGGAAGAUCAGGACAAGACCAUGAGCAACAUCAGAAAUAGAAUGGAUCAUAUAAAUGAGGAGCUGACGUACGCCGAGAAGCUGCUGAGCUACAUGCGGCGGUGCUGCUGUCUGUGGGUGUGUGACUCGUGCACGGGGGCGGACCCGGAGGAGCAGCGGAAGAAGGAGUGGAAGAGCAGGGUGGACAGAGGUGAGACGCGACCAGGUGCAUCAGCGGCAACGGGAUACAGCAAAGGCGGCGGCGGGUCCGCCGGGGUUGCGAAAACCGCCGCCGCUGGCGGCCGAGCGGGCACAUCGGGUGGCGACCGGGGCGGGGAGGCCAACGGCGGCGGCGACGGAGGCCGCCGCGGCGGCGACCCGGACAUUCGGCUUCCGUCGGAAUAUCGUGCCACUGAGAUGCGGCUUCAUGAGGAGACCCGGAGACAAAAUGACAUGAUUGAUCAAAUACACGCGGGUUUGAACCAGCUGCUGGAGGGGGCCAAGGUAAUGCACGACGAGCUCGCCUCUCAGAACCGUGAGCUGGACGUGUUGGACUCCAAGGCCGCCGCGACCAGGGACCGAAUCAACGACGUCAACAAGAACAGCCAGCUGAGGGACUUUGGUCGCGGCAAGCCCAAGGCCAAGAAGGAGGACAUGCUCCCCACAUUGCCCACACAAUCCGAAGCUGCAGUGGCGGCAGCCAAACGAUUGGCGGGGUUGUAGUGGCGGUAUCCUUGCGCGCACGUACACAUGUAUGUGUGUGUCUCUGUGUGUCUCUGUGUGUGUGUAUUGGGGAGGUUGGUUUGGGGGCUGUACUUUGGGGGCUGUACCUUGCCGCAGUGUUGAUAGCGGCUAGGUCUGAUGGGGGGCCCGGUGGGAUUCACGUCCCUGGCGGGCAUGAUGCUGGUGAUGCUGGUGAUGAUGAUGAUGAUGAUGAUGACGUUUGUAUUGUGUGGGGGGUUGCUUGUUUGUUGCAUGUGCGUGUGUGUGUCUGUAUAUACGUAUGUGUUUCAAUCAACUGAUAACCGCGAGGAGGAAAUCCGUCUGUGUGUGCGUGUAUGUGAACCACCAAGUAUCUGACCGGGGCUGACACUGGCCAGGGACACUGCUGCCCAGCCCCAACGGGAAGACCGCCUCAGCUCUCUCCCCCGCGGACGGGAGCGGGGCGCGAAGGGGCCUCCGUCCCCUCCCAAGCAGCCGAGAGCCGCAGGUCCGCUAGUUCCGCUCUCCUGGCCCCCCCCGGGGGCGUCGCACGCGCGCACGCUCUCAUGAGUCAAGGCUCCGUCACGCAAAUUUGCGUUCACUGAGCCUGAAACACGAAACAAGACUCCUCUCCAUCCCCGCGGCCUGUGUGUGUAUGUAUGUUGUUACAGGGUGGUU